AUGGUCACGCAGCUGUUCCUGUCCUGUUACUUUCUACGCGAAUUAUUUACAUCACAUAAUAUAAUGGAGCCUCUCAUUAAAAUCAAUCCAGGAGCAACAAAAUGGGACAUUCGUCAGAAGAUUUGGGACUACAUCGAAGACAAGAAUCUGGCCAAUUUUCCUAGGCCCGUUCACAACAGAAUCCCCAAUUUUAAGGGUGCAGUCCAAGCAUGUAAUAGGCUGACAGUCCUGCAGGAGUUCAAGUCCAGUCAGACAAUCAAAAUAAAUCCAGACAGACCACAGGAGCAUGCACGCUUUGUCACGCUGGAAGGGGCUUUCACUGCUUGCCCCAAGUUGUCUGAGCUGGAAGUAUUUACCCAGACAGCUGAGGUGAAGGUGGACCCCGAUAAACCUCUUGAGGGGGCUCGACUAGCAGUGCUUCAGGCACAGAAAACUUUGUUGGUCCCAACUCCUCGUCUUCGUUCCGGCCUUUUUAACAAGAUAGUCCCCCCACCGGCAGCCAACAAAGAAAAGCUGCGUGUAUGCUCUUCCUCUCAGGGCGUGAAAGAGUUCAGUGUGCCAAUCGGCCUGGAUGCCAAAGUCAAGGUUGACCUUGUUGUUGUUGGCUCGGUGGCUGUGUCAGAGAAUGGUUUCCGCAUUGGAAAAGGGGAGGGCUUUGCUGACCUGGAGUAUGCAAUGAUGGUCUCAAUGAAAGCGGUGGACGAUUCAACAGUGGUGGUCACUGUUGUCCACGACUGUCAGGUUGUGGACAUUCCUGAAGAACUCAUGGAAAGACACGACCUGACAGUGGACUACAUACUCACUCCAAGCAGAGUCAUUAAGACAAACUGCCUGCUUCCCAAACCACAAGGAAUCAUCUGGACUAAGCUGUACCCUGAAAAGAUGGAGAAGAUCCCCAUCCUGAAGAAACUCCUGGCUCUGGAGGAGCAGGCGGGGAAGGACGUCACGCUGGGGGAGGCACCUCCUUCGUCCGAGCCUCUUCCGCAAAGCGAUGCCCCCAAAAAGCAAAGCCGACGCAGGCCGAGGCAGAAAUCAGCCCGUCAGAAUGUCCAGGAAGAAACCAUGGAGGAGAAAAGUGUUGAACCGGAAGGGAACGCCAGACAGCGUCCCGCUCGAGUAAGGAAAGAAAGUAGAGGAAGUGAGGGUGAGGUUGCUGAGAGGAGGAAGAGAAGGAAGGGACAAACUGGAAAAAAUACAAAGGAAAAGAAUUCGGAGGAGGCAGGAGGUGAAGUUCUAAACACUAGUAAGACCCCACUCAGUGUCACCACGGUAUAUCUGGGCGGUAUCCCCACUGGGUUGCGCGUCAGCGAGCUGAAGACGUCCCUUCGAGAGAGAGAUGCGGCGCCGCUUCGACUCACCUGGCAGGGAGCUCAGCACCGCGCCUUCUUGGACUACAGCAACCCAGAGGCUGCCGAGAAGGCGCUGGAGGCGCUACAGGGGCUCAGCUUGAAUGGGCACAGUGUGCAGGCCGAGCUGGCAAAGAGCCAGCGCCGCAGCAAGAGACCCGGCCCUUCCAAUCGCAAACCCAAAGCCACACCGGCUCCAACAUCUGACAUGGAAGUAGCUGAUUCUAAGCAUGGAGAGCAAAAGCAGACUGAGCAAUAG